GAUUUGUGUAAAAGGAGCUUUAUGGAAUCACACGAAAAGUAUUAGUAACUGAGAAGCUGAAAUCCAAUAAUUAGUGGCUUUCUGAAUGUGGGUUCCAGUUGAUUUGAGAUUUGAGCUAUUGCCCCCAAAGCCUAAUUUGUAAUUACAACUUAUCCUAAGCUUUACUAGAGUAAUUUUAGAGAUGCAUUUCAGAAACCUUGAGGAGUAUUGGUCAUUUUACGUGAACCAGCACAGCAAGGCUUCAACAAGGCGCUGGCAUUUUUGUGGUACACUUGCGGCUGGUUUCUUUCUGAUUGCAGCUAUUUUGUUUAGAUGGUGGCUGGGAUUUUUGGUUCCCAUCGUUGGGUAUGGACUGGCUUGGUACAGCCAUUUCUUCAUUGAGGGUAACACUCCGGCCACAUUUGGGCAUCCUGUCUGGUCAUUGUUAUGCGAUUUCAAAAUGUUUGGUUUGAUGCUUACGGGUCAAAUGGACCGAGAAAUCAAGAGACUUGGGAAAAGGCCUAUAAUGCAGGUUUUAUAAGAUUCAAGGCUUUAGUUAUACAUACAUUAGGGGUCGUAGUCUGGUCAGUUUGAUUGAAUUAAUCUCCUUGCCUAGGGCUUCUCAUGCCAAACCACUCUUCUGUUCAAAAAUAGAAAUUGUAAUUGAUGUAGAAAUUUGUAGUGUUACAUUGAAAUGCAUGGUAAAAGUACAUAUGCUUUAAGAUGGAGAUAGCUGUAAUUGAUGCCUAUAUUCUAUGGAUUUUUUAAGCUCUACGAUUUUCCAAA